AUGGUGAUGAGUUGGAGGAGAAUUUUCAAGUCCUUGCAAGCGGUGUUGGCUCAUGGGCUGCUUUUUUCUUUCACUUUGUUUCUUAGUCUCAAGCUUUGUCGUGCUGUUAAUUACUCUUGGUGGUUGAUAUUUUCUCCUCUCUGGUUAUUUCAUGCAGUUGUGGCAAGGGGUAGAUUCUCCUUGCCUGCUCCAGCAAUGCCUCAUGGUCGCCACUGGGCGCCAUUUCAUGCCUUCGUGGCUACUCCAUUGCUUGUUAGUUUUGAACUACUCCUUUGUGUGCACCUUGAUAGAAGAUAUGAUGUAAAUUUGAAGAUAGUAUUUCUGCCUCUGCUGGCAUUAGAAACAGCAAUUUUGGUUGAUAACAUUAGGAUGUGUAGGGCACUUAUGCCUGGAGAUGAAGAAUGCAUCAGCGAUGAGGCUAUAUGGGAGACUCUUCCGCACUUUUGGGUUUCAAUCUCUAUGGUCUUCUUCAUUGCUGCAACAGCGUUUACGCUUCUGAAGCUAUGCGGUGAUGUUGCUGCUCUUGGUUGGUGGGAUCUAUUUAUCAACUACGGUGUUGCCGAGUGCUUUGCUUUUCUAAUUUGCACAAAGUGGUAUAAUCCUGCAAUUCAUAGGGGUUCUCAUCUUACAAGAGCCGGUUCAUCGGCAACGAGUAUUAGAUAUCUUAGCUCUAGUAGCAGUAUGAUGGCAUUUUCAGAUGAAGAUCAACAGAAUAGAGUAUGCAGUUUGCAAGACAUUGGUGGGCAUGUAAUGAAAAUACCUUUUGUUGUUUUUCAGUUGAUGCUAUUCAUGCACUUAGAGGGAACGCCGCCUGGUGCUAAACAUAUUCCAAUUCCAGUUUUGUUUUCCCCUCUUCUCCUGCUGCUAGGAGCUGGAUUUUUGUUUGCUAUUUUUAGGUUUUUGGAGAAAAUCAUUCUUGUACUACACCAUGAAGGUGAUACAGGAAGCCAAUAUAUAAUAUCACAAAGCGCCCGUGAUUAUUUUGAUUUUUUGCAUCAUGGAUCUAGGUUCCUUGGUUGGUGGUCAAUUGAUGAAGGAAGUCGAGAGGAACAAGCUCAGUUAUAUUGUGCUGGGGAAUUGGGGUACAAUACAUUUUCACCUGAUACUGUAAAGAAAAUGCCCAAAGCUGAUCUUGCUAAUGAGAUAUGGAGACUUCAAGAAGCACUUGCUGAGCAAUCAGAGAUCUCAAAGAUUAGCCAGGAUGAAUUUGAAAGACUCCAAAAUGAAAAAAUUCUAUGUAGGAUUUGCUUUGGAGAACAGAUAAAUGUAGUUCUACUCCCUUGUAGGCAUCACGUACUUUGCAGCACCUGUUGCGAGAAGUGCAAGAAGUGCCCCAUCUGCCGUGUCUACAUUGAAGAUCGUUUGCCUGUUUAUGAUGUGUAG